ACGACCUGGUUGUUCUUGCAUUCUUUUUUUGUCAGCCGAUCACAAUUUGUGCUACUUUAUUUCACAGGCGCGACGAUUUAUAGAAACAUCUAAACCAGAGAUGAAGGAAAUACUUAUUGUUUUUCAUAAAUGAUCACUUCUACAGUGGACCGAUCUGCCCGAGGUUGAGAUGAAUCCGGUUGUCCCCGGAAAACAGUGCGAGUGCUCGAAACAGCUCUAAUUGUAGGGCUGCACGAGCUGCACCGUUCACGCGUUAUUAGGAGGCCACCCGGGCUCCAAACCCUUCUGGAGCCGCGCGCCCACACUCAUCUUGAGCGCGCGGAUCCUUCGAGACGCACUCGAUGCCAUCGAUGCUCUCCUCCACGGUGCGCGUGGAUUCAUAACGCACGCGAUGGAUUUCACGUGUUGUUUACUAUAAGAACGAGAAAGAGAAAGCGAGAAAGAUGGGGGACCCCCCUCGGCCGCGCGGGAGACUGGGGAGCCUGGCGUCCCGGUUGCCCGCGGACCCCAAGCUCCGUCUGCGCGUGGUGUUCCUGGACGACAGCGAACGGACUUUCGAAGUAGAGCAAAAGGUCCUAGGAGGUGAGUUCUUCAACCGAGUGUGUGGUCACCUCAAACUCCUGGAGAAGGAGUACUUCGGACUGGAGUUCAGACACAGGAGUGGGAACUAUGUUUGGUUGGAGCUUCUGAAACCUCUCGCUAAGCAGAUAAAGUACACCAACGAUCUGUUCUUCAGGUUCAUAGUAAAGUUCUUCCCUCCAGACCCUGGCCAGCUGAAGAGAGCCCUUACCAGGUAUCUGUUUGCCCUUCAGAUAAAACAGGACUUGUGUAACGGAAGUCUGACAUGCAAUGACAACAGCGCCGCCCUGCUGGUCUCUCAUAUAUUACAAGCAGAGCUUGGGGACUACACAGACGAGGUGGACUGCCACCACCUGGAGAUGAAGCACUAUGUUCCCAACCAGGAGUACCUGGACCACAAGAUCAUCAAAUACCACAAGAAGCACAGGGGCGUGUCCCCAGGCGAGGCAGAUGUCUUGCUGCUGGAGGUGUCCAGGAAGCUUGAGAUGUAUGGCAUCCGGCCCCAGCCCGCACAGGAUGGGGAGGGGCUUAGGAUCAACCUGGCUGUCACUCACUCUGGGGUCCUUGUGUUUCAGGGGAACACUAAGAUUAACACCUUCAGCUGGGCAAAGAUACGCAAGCUGAGCUUCAAACGCAAACAUUUCCUCAUCAAACUACACGACAAAGUUGGGAGUAAGGACACCCUAGUGUUUGUGCUGGCUAGCAGGGAUGUGUGUAAGAGCUUCUGGAAGGUGUGUGUGGAGUACCACGCCUUCUUCAGAUUACCUGAAGAGCCCUCACAGCCCCCGAAGGGCCUGCUCACCUGCAGGGGGUCUGCCUUCAGAUACAGUGGUAGGACUCAGAAACAGCUGCUGGACUGCAUGGGGGCCAGAGAGAAGAAGCAAACGCACUUUGAGAGGAUAUACUGUCAGUCUGACUGUGACCCCAGACAGUGUCGCUCCUCCCCUGACCUCCUGACUGAUGUCUCCAAACAGCUGUAUGACUCAUUCCCUCAUUGCAGUCGGACUGCUGCACUUCGCAGUCAGGACCGGCUUCAUCCGUCCAAUCAGAGACUAGACGACUCAGGUCGGCUGGACGGUGGUGCCAAGCGCAGCCAAUCAGCCAUGGAGGUCACCCACAGGCCCCGCCCCUUCUCCCAUUUCACCCCCCUCUCCCCCAGUUUCCACCUAUCAGGUCUCCCUCCUAAGCGGAGGUCCGCCUCCACCUCGGGGUCGGAGGAGGGGAGGGGGGGCGAGCGCCAGGCUCAGAGGCUGGCCGGUAUCUAUGGCAACCGCUCCCGGCGACGCCCCAACCCUCUCCCCUAUGCCGACGGGCCCCAGCAGCUGGUCCUCCUCUACCCCAACAGCCCCGCCCUCCAGUACCACCCGGUGCUCCCCUCCUUCCCGUAUCUCUCUAGCCACGCCCCCUACAUGUCCGGACACGCCCGCUACCUGUCGGACCAGGACGCCGUCUCCUCGUUGGAGCGCUUCUCCCAGCCGCGCAUGAGGGGGCGGGACUACAAGGCAAUGCCCCGCCCUUCCUUCUAUCCUCUGGGCCAUGACUCCGGAUCCCUCUCGCCCGCCCGCCGCUGCCAACGGCCCCCGGGAGGCUCCGGAGGCCUCGGAGGCUUCGGAUUGGCCAGGAUGUACCCGCCGUCAGGUAGCGGGGGCAGGCUAUUGGACAUUGGCCGCACAGAGGCGGGACAUUACAGCGACGACUGCAACUUCCUGCCCGGGUUGCCGCGGCGAGUGGCCAGCCAGCCCGACGUCAAGUUCCAUAUGUCACGCAGCACAAACCCCGCCUUCGACCCCGCCUCCGAGUUCCGCCCGCUGGGGUACUACCCCCACCUGACACGCCCCUCCAGACCCACCUACCUGCCGCUAAGCUCCUCCCCCUUGCCCCAACGCCCCGCCUCCCUCUGCAUGGUGGGGGGCGUCGCCGCGGGCUACAGCGACUCAGACCCGGAGGUCUUCUACCCCUACUACUGCCCACCCCCCCUACCAGGGACGGGGGCCCCGCCCAGGGGGGUCGCCCGCAUGAGGUUCUCCUCUGGGAGCCUCCAGCUGGACGAGGAGGAGGAGGAAGGGGAGGGGGAGGAGGAAGAGGAAGCAAGGGAGAAGAGGAGAGGAGGUGGGAGGAAAGGAAGGAGUGGAGAAGUUGAGAAGGAGGAGAGAAAGAGUGUGAAAGUGGGGGAAGUGACUGAGGUGACUCUCUAGUGUGGAGGAGGAUGGAUCUUAUGGGAGCUUGUGAACCUAUCAGGAACAAGAGACUCGACCCCAGAGACUCGGUUAAAAACACUAAUUUGUAUUAUUUUUUACUGUGAUUUAGCUGUCGAUGGGGCACGAAUGUGCAAUUAGAACUUAGAAAAGCGGCAUCAUGUGAUGGCCACAAGGGGACGGUAGAGGUACAUACAAAUACUACGCCCACAAAUAAAAUCGGUAAUCGCAGUGCAAAGAUUGGCAUGAUUGGAUUAAGGAUGUCCUUUGUUUUGAGUGUGAUGAUAUGAAUUACUAUUUCAUGUGUAUAAAUAAUACAAAUCUAAAAAUAAAAAGAAUGUAAAUUGUG